GGGCAAACAUUAACUUAAAGGGACUGGAAGAAACAACCCACAUAUGUUAAAGUGAAGCCACAGCCACAACAACAGCGAUGUGUAUUUCGGAUAUUUAUUUGGCAACUGUUUUCGGUUAAAUCUGAGCUGAAAGGUCCGGAUAAAAGGGUUAGGCUAACCACAGGAUGGACACAGCUCCAGGCUAAAGUGAAUCAUGUCUUCAGCUAUUUUCCUGUCAGUGCUGCUGGUGUUUUCGUGUCACCAGCAGCAGGUCACCUCGGACACCCGUGUACACUGGAGUCGAACUGGUGUCGCAAUAGCCCGGGGGUCCUCAAACGCCGCACGGGUCAUGAUGUCUCCAAACAACAACAACAACAACGAUGAGUGUGACCAUGUGAUGAAUCUCAAUGCUACAGACCGUUGUGCGUUUGUGAAGAACACAACAGACUGUUCGAUGGAGGAUGGCUUCAUCAACUACCUUCAAUUAGCCUUCUGUCUGCUUCCUCCCAACCUCACACCUCUCACCAUCACUCUCUGUGUUAUAUGGCUGCUCUUUUUGUUUGUCAUUCUUGGACUCACUGCAUCAAAGUUUUUCUGUCCCAACUUGUCAGCCAUCUCUACCAGUCUGCACCUCACACACAACGUGGCUGGUGUGACAUUUCUGGCUCUUGGUAAUGGAGCUCCUGACAUCUUUAGCGCCAUGGCUGCUUUCUCCCACCCACACACAGCCGGGCUCGCUGUCGGGGCCUUGUUUGGAGCUGGUAUUUUUGUUACCACAGUUGUUGCUGGCGGUGUGGCGCUAGUCAAGCCUUUCGCUGUGGCCUCCCGACCGUUUCUGCGUGAUCUGAUUUUCUACAUGGUGGCAGUGUAUUGGACUUUCAUCAUCUUGUACAGAGGAACUACAACACUGGCAGAAACACUAGGGUAUCUGGGCCUCUAUGUGGUGUAUGUGUUGACUGUAAUCAUCAGUGCGUACAUCUACAACCGGCAGAAACAUGCAAUGAACGGAAGUGUCGGAAAUGUUGCACAUAUUCCAGCAGAGUUUCACUCGUCUGACUCAUCUGAUGAUGAUGAUGUUCCCUGCUUAGGUGCUGGGUCAGUCCAACAGGAGUAUGAGUCAGAGUACAGACCUCUUCUGCCUUACUCUGAGAGCACGAGUCAUAUCCUGCUGAACUCUCUCAAUCCAUUGGACAACAGGAAGUGGAGGAGGAAAUCAUGGAGCUGGAGGGUCCUCAAAGUCCUCAAGACACCCGUCGAGAUCCUGCUGCUGCUCUGUAUCCCCGUGGUUGAUCCUGAUAAAGAAGACAAGAACUGGAGACGUCCACUAAAUUGUCUUCAGCUCAUCACAGCUCCACUGGUGUGUGUGCUCUUCUUCCAGUCUGGAAUAUAUGGAAAUUAUAUGAUCCAAGGACAGUUUCCCGUCUGGCUGCUGACUUUUCUCCUGGGACUUUUCCUGUCUGCCAUCGUCUUCUGCACCACUACCAAUGACUGUCCUCCCAAAUAUCACCCACUAUUUGCUCUUUUGGGCUUCGUGGUGAGUGCUGUGUUGAUCAGUGCUACAGCAUCUGAAGUGGUCAGUGUUCUGCACAUGCUCGGUGUGGUGCUGCAUCUCAGCAACACUGUGCUGGGGCUGACUCUGUUAGCCUGGGGCAACAGCAUAGGAGACUGUUUUGCUGACAUCACCAUUGCACGGCAGGGUUACCCACGGAUGGCCAUAUCUGCCUGCUUUGGAGGCAUCAUUUUCAACAUGCUGUUUGGAGUGGGUUUGGGAUGUCUGUUGCAGAUGAUUAAAACAAAAUCUGACGUGGAGUUUGAACCAGAGGGACUGCUAACAUGGGUUCUUGCAGGAUCUCUGGGUUUGUCUUUGGUUCUAUCCUUUGUCAUUGUUCCUUUGUGCCGGUUCCACUUGGAUCGGAACUACGGGAUCUUUCUCCUCAUCUUUUAUGUCAUCUUCCUCGUCGUUGCAAUGCUCACAGAGUUUGGCAUAAUCCACUUUGUGUGACAUGACACUGACGGACAUCCUGCCAUAUAUGAAGAAUGGCACACUGGAAGAAAAACUGCACUGUGCGCAGAUGAAUAAUAUCAUCUGCACAUCAAGUUAAUGCACUAUUUCUAAAAGAAUCACCAGUAUACAACACUCUGAGCCAAAGCCAUGCUGUGGUUGGUUCAUUAAACCAAACAGGGAAAUGAAUGCCAAACUAGAGUUUGCUGCUCAGGAAGAGCUGAAACUAAUGUGCCUUGAGUUAGUCACUUGUUUGUGCUGACUGGAGCUGUGCUUGUACAUUUUAAAUCCUGAGGGAGUGUAAAAGAAAUCUGUAGAGUUAGGCAUUUGUACUUGGAAACAUUAUGAAAAAAUGAUAUGUACUGUAAAUCAAAAGUUACGUUAAAAUGACCUUGUACAAGGCUGCUUUUGGGGAAAUAAAUGUUUGUUUGGUGUUUGUUUUUACAGGUCCAAGACAACCUUGUUCCAUC